AUGCACGGUCAGAGAUUGGUGGACGCCACGUUCAGCCUUUUCCGCAUCAAGAAAUCCUACCAGAGGGAGAGCCACAUGCAGGAGCUGUACAAAGUGAUGUAUGGCAUCAGGUCGAUGACAGACUUCAAGACGGCGUUGAGGCUCGACAAAGUCGCGGAGGCCGACGUAGUCAAGCUAGGCCAGCUCACGCCCCACAUCCUCAGGGAAGCGUUGAACCACGCGUGGUUCCUCCAGAAGAGCGUGAUGCCGAUGGGCGCGGGGCCGAAGACGGAGCUGGAGAGGGGCUUGGAGGCCCAGCUGAAAUCGCUCAUCAAGCAAGGGACGAUCACCAAGUACUGAGAAACCGAUUUUCACAGACUGUGCGCGAUAUUGCGCACGACCCGAGGAGGCAGCAGACACUCACAGCGAUGGCGGCAGGAGGGAGCGAGCAUGCCAAGAGACUCUUGACACAAGUGAGAGAGUACAGGCAGGCGCUCCACAAUCUGCUGCAAUAUGACAAGAUUUCAUGUGACGCCACCCCUGGUGGCAACGGCGCGCCUCCGUGAGAGGCAGCUCGCGCCGAUCCCGAUACUGAAUAUAUUGGGGGAGUUACACUCGACUCCCUGGGGAUCCUCCCCGCCGACGGGGCAUCACGCGCGGGCGGGGCCCGCCGUGUCGCCUCAUGCCGUGGCGGCCUGCGCCCUGCAGGCAACCCAGCCUCCAUAUAGAACGGAGGGGCCACCCGAGCAGCUGCAGAGACAGACUGAGGGCCCCCAACUGAGCCACCACCACCACCACCUCUUCCUCCCUCCUCAUCCCUCCUCG